GGAGUUUCAAGGCUAGGUCUAGUGAUGAUGUGAACCCAGACUGUUUUCUAUUUUUCUCUGAGCUCAAAGUGUCUUCCUCUCCCUGCGCCUGCAUUCAGCCAGUGCUUCAUUCUACAGACAGGGGCUCUUGAGGAUCCAUCUCUGCAGGACCCUGUCUGCCUGGACCGAGGUGGCAGUGCCCUGGCAAUGAACCAAACUUACACCCCUCUUGUGGAGAUGGACUGCCCUCACCUGGGGACAACCUAAAGAGUCUUUGUUUAAACAGGACUGAUCCACUGAAGCAACAGGGAUGUCUUAAUCCCCAUGUAUGGGAAUCUCGGGGGAACUGAAGACUAAUUUCAUUGAGUUUGCCAGUGCUAGUAUGCAUAUUUUACUGUCCAGUCUGGAACCGACUUCUCGGCAAUGGUGAAGAUUUUAAUUUGUGUGCAGAGUCUGGUCUCUAUUUUACACCUGCAUCCCAAUUACACUUGCGUAUAUUCUCUUUGCAUUGUUGUUUGGACAAAAAGUAACUAGAACUGGUCUCGGCCGCGCCUGAUUACACAAAAGGAUUCUGUAGAGCCCGAAAUAAACACAGCAGGGCUGGGCUGUGAAGGGUUCUGGAGACACAGCGAUGGUUCAGAAGCCAGCCAGGAGGCAGCACCAUGCUGAGUGAAACAAGGCGGUCUUACAUCGCUCUUCAUGGUCACAGGAACUUACUUCAAGCAGCGAUUGAUCUGCUAGCCAAAGCUUUUAGCACAUAAAUACAAACUGCAACAAAUACAAACUGCAAUAAAUGCAAACUGCAAUACCGUCCACUGUCCUUGGGACCGCUUUUAAAAUGGAUGCACAUCCUUGAGGGCAGGACAAGCAAUAAUCUUCUGCGGCAGAAAUAUUUACAUUGUACCACUGGACUAAAGAAGCGGCUCCACUCAAUCAAGCACACAGAGAAACGCUGAACUAGCAUUGGGACCUGCACCAGUUCUCAUUUCAUUUUCUAUUAUUAUUAUUAGUAGUAGUGCACUGGUUCAGCCCGGUUCAGCUCAGUUCAGCCUGGUUCAGCCCGGUUGGGCCAUGACGACAGCAGCCUGGUACCAUCGUGAUAUCAGCCGGGUGCAGGCCGAGGACUACCUCGCCCGGGCCGGGAGGGACGGCAGCUUCCUGGUGCGGGACAGCGAGUCGGUGCCUGGGGCCUAUGCACUGUGCCUGCUGUUUCAGUGCCAUGUUCACACCUAUCGAAUCCUGCCUGAUGAGGAAGGCUUACUGGCUGUGCAGACGACGCAGGGGGUGCAGGUGAACUGUUUCAGGACGCUGGCGGACCUGGUUCAGAGUUACCAGCAGCCCCGCAAGGGCCUGGUGAUCCCUCUGCUGUACCCCGUGGGGAACGACAGCGAGCCCGGAGACGACGGCACAGAUGGCGAGGAUGAGAGACCCGGUCCAGUCUGGUCCCAGAGUGCAGUGCAGGCCAGUCCCAGCAGUGCUGGUGCAGGGGAAUCUUCUCCCUCACCCCCGCACCCUGCACAGACCUCCAUCCCUUUCCUCCUCCAACAGAGGCUGCAGGAGAUGGGCCCCCCCAGCGGGGCGAGCGAUCUGAUUGGCUUGGCGAGUGAGUACCUGCGCACCCAGCUACACCUGGACCUGGAGGGAGUGAGGAACGGGAACUCGAACCUACAGCACUUCAGCAAGGCUCUGGGGGCUGCCUGCGGGGGGCUGCACAGUGAGAUUGACCUAACCCUGUCCAGUCUGGAGACCCUGGCCAAAGUGUUUGACGACCCAAGCCCGUCCCUGACCUUGGCUAAGACACAGGGUGUGCCAGGAGGGGGAGACUCAGAUCUGGGGAGCCUCAUCACUAAGAUCUCCUCCCUGAACAGCCUGCUGUCCUCACUGGAGAGAAAGGUGCUGAAGGCCCUACAGGAGGCAGUGUCCAAUCACAGCCUGACAGUGCCGCCAGCCCCGCCCACUGGGACCGCCCCCAUCGCUCGCAGAAACGCCAGAGUCACGCCUGUUCACACCUUCCAGGUGAAGGUGGCUCGUGCUGGCAGGCUGGCUCUGCAUAUUGAUGUGGACGGCGGGAGGCUGAUCUUCGAUAAGAGACCCGGGGCCUCACACGAGGAAUGCGUCUCGCACGACAAGAUCCUACAGCUGGUGAAGUACCGGAGUGCUCAGAACCGGCUCCGGAUGGUCCUGGACUCCCAGAAGAACCAGCAAAGAGAGGUCAUGUUUGAAAACGCCCGGAAGAGGGAGGCGUUCUGCCAGCUGCUCCAGCUCAUGAAGAUGAGGCACUCCAAGCAGGACGAGCCCGAUGUCAUCUCUGUCUUCGUGGGCACCUGGAACAUGGGCAAUGCCCCUCCUCCCCACGGCCUGACCUCCUGGCUCACCUCGACUGGUCUGGGACGGGUGCAGGACGAGACCACAGCGGCGCUGCCCCACGACGUCUAUGCCAUCGGGACGCAGGAGAACACUCUGGGCGAGCGGGAGUGGGCCGAGCACCUGAGGGGGGCGCUGCGGAGCAUCACUGACAUCGACUUCAAACUGGUGGCGCUGCAGACUCUAUGGAAUAUCAAACUGGCGGUGCUGGUGAAGCCAGAACAUGAGCACCGCAUCAGCCAUGUGGGCACCUCGAGUGUGAAGACUGGCCUGGGCAACACGCUGGGGAAUAAGGGAGCAGUCGGUGUCUCCUUCCUCUUCAACGGGACCUCCUUUGGCUUCGUCAACUGCCACCUCACCUCCGGCAGUGACAAGACAAUCAGGCGGAACCAGAACUACCAGGACAUCUUGCGUCUCCUGUCUCUGGGGGACAAGCAGCUGAGUGCCUUCGACAUCAGCCUGCGCUUCACUCACCUCUUCUGGUGCGGAGACCUCAACUACCGACUGGACCUGGACGUGGAGGAGAUCCUGAGACACGUCACUAAGCGGGAGUUCGAAGAGCUGAUGUGUGCUGACCAGCUGACCCGCGAGCGCGACAAGAGGAAGGCCUUCCUGCACUUCAAUGAAGAGGAAAUCGCAUUCCCGCCCACCUACCGUUACGAGAGGGGGUCCCGGGACUGUUACCUGUGGCAGAAAUACAAGACCACUGGGGUGCGGAUCAACGUCCCCUCGUGGUGUGACCGCGUGCUCUGGAAGUCCUACCCGGAGACACACCUCGUCUGCACCUCCUACGGCUGCACUGAUGACAUCACCACCAGCGACCACUCCCCUGUCUUUGCCUCAUUCCAGGUCGGAGUGACAUCACAAUUCAUCUCAAAGAAAGACCCGGGUUUGAGUGUGGAGCGAGCCUGCAUUGAGCUGGAUGGGAUUGAAGCCAUUGUGAAGACCGCUAGCAAAUCCAAGUUCUUUAUUGAGUUCCACUCCUCCUGCCUGGAAGAGUUCAGGAGGUCGAGUGAGAAUGAUGCUCAGAGCUGUGAGGUGACCGGAUUCCUGAAGCUGGGCUGGUCAGCCAAACAGCUGCCCAAGCUCACCCCGAUCCUGCCUGACAUGGAAUACCUCCGGGAUCAGCACAUGCUUCUCUCUGUCAAGUCCUGCGAUGGAUAUGAGUCAUAUGGUGAGUGCUGCAUUGCGCUGCGUUCCCUCAUCGGCAGCACUGCCCAGCAGUUCGAGAUGUUCCUGACUCACCGUGCUGAGGAGAUGGGCUCCAUACGCGGGCGUAUCCGUGUUUGCGUGCCGAAGGACCGGCGCGGAACGAGAGAGAGGAUCUACGAGUGCUUCUGCCUUGAGAAGGAUGAGAAUGGGGAGAUGAGAGGCGGGCUGUCUCCCCGGACACCCCUCAGCCAUGGUGCAAGUGCUCCUGUCUCCUCUGAAACCCCCAGCAGCUACACCAACCCUGCCUACUUCAUAUUCGAGGCGGUCGUCCCGCCACAGAAAGGGCCCCCAGAGGGGGGGCGAGCUCCACCAGCCAGUGAAUCCCAGCCAGUGUGGCGCAAAGACCCCACACUGCACCCCAAACUGCUGACCCAGGACAGCAAAUCCCCUCGCAGAGCCAACUUUGCUGAAAUUGAAAUCCCGGGGUACCCCCCACACUACCGGAGCCCCCGAGAAUGCACAUCGCAGCCUGGCUCCUCCUACCAGCUCUUCCCUGCCAAGGACCGAGCCCCAGUGAGCACAGCCCAGCCCAGGGCAACCCCAGAGACUAGCCUGUAUAGCGACCAGUCCUUACAGUACAAUGCCUCUUUGUGUAAGGAUCUGCCCUCUCCGAAUAAGGACCAGCAGAACUACUAUAUGAAACAUGCUGGUGUGUAUGAAGACCAGUCUUCAUUCUAUAAGGACCCGCACAAGCUGAAUAAGGACCCGCCCCUUUUCUAUAAGGCCCAAGUCAAGGCCCUGCCUCCGAGGCGCUCCCGACCCGAGGCUGCCCCCUGGAUCGUGGAACCUCAGUUUGGAGGCAGCGCGGGAGACCACUCCCUCACCGCGCUCCAGAUCGCCAAAUCACUCAGCGAAGUGGACUUCCAGCCAAUCGGAAGCGAGUAUUCAGUCCCCAGGGGGCGGGGGCGGGGUCCGGUGUAUGGAGUCCCUGCCUUCUCUGAUGUGUGGAGUCGAGGAGGCUGCUGGGAACCCCACCCAGCACAGCGAGAGGCGCUGUCAGUGCGCGGUGUGCCAGGGACAGUGGGGGAGUGGCUCAGGGUGCUGGGGCUGCAGCGGUACGAGACAGGGCUUAUCCUGAAGGGCUGGAAUGAGCUGGAAUACUUCAGUGACAUCACUGAAGAGGAUUUGCUGGAAGCUGGAGUGAGGAUCCCCGCCCACAGGAGGGUGAUCCUGGAAAACCUUCGGGAAAUCUGGGAUUAGCGAUUGGGAUUUGUGCAAAUAACAACUGCAGUAGGAAUGACCUCUUUCCCAUCGUGGCUCAUGUGUCUGUGCUUGAAUGAGCCGAAGAGACUAUCAUUGGCGCUCUGCACGUUUUUAUUCUUCCCUAUGUUGGAGAGAUAUUGCCUCCCUGUGGCCUGUUAUCUGUUCACUGAGAAAUAGACAUCCAGUUGCUGAAAUCCUCCUUAUUAAAUUGCAUUCAAGUGGCUGUGGUUGGUUUCAUCAUGCAGACAGCCAGGCUUAUCCCAGUACAUCCCCUGGGCCCCCUGCGCCUUGCAUCAUCUGUUUCUGAUAUCUCCUACUGUUUUGAAAUGAAAUAUCACAUUUACCUUUUAUUCAUUUCCAGUUCAAGUGUGUGUAUUUCUUUAUCAGGGAUUAGCGCUAACCUUGUUUCACAGCCACUCUUGUAAUUACAUCUCAGUCCCAAUUCAUUUGAAAGCUAGUGAGUGUUUUUUGCGCAGUGAAGUAAUCUGGCACCACUGUAGGUGGCUGUCUUGUAAAACAGAGCCGUCUAAACGCAGCUCACUGCUACCACCCCUGCGCUGACUCAGGAGCGGCGAAGACUAACACAUACUGUCCUCCGAAGCGUGUGCCGUCAGCCGACCGCUUCUUUACACUCUGCAGACUCACCGUGCAGCCGCCUCAGAGCUACAGCGUCGGAGGACAACGCAGCUCUGGGCAGCUUACAGGCAAGCCCGCAGGUGCCCUGCCAGACUACAGGGGUCGCUGGUGCGCGGUGAGCCGAGGACACCCUGGCCGACCUUGUGUAAAAUAGGACCCAGUUCAAUUAACACAAACGAUGUGUUAGUCGAAUCAAAAUAAAAAAAAAAAACAGCUCCACAUUUACAACAUAUGGUGUGAGAAGAUGUUUGAGCGAGCUAUUUUGUCAGUUUGAAGUUCAAAUUGUUAAUCUGUCUAGAAGAAUGAGAAAACCUUUCAAAUGUGGCAGACGGUAUGGCAGGUAAUGAAACCCCAAAGAAACCCAAACCUGCGAACAGCCCCUCCCAACUCGAGUCGUCAAGGAAACUGUGUUUGACUGCUCUCUAUGGUGAUGUCACUCUUAGUUUAUUGAGUGGAAGCUGGUGCUAAACAUAUGGGCACCGUGUAGCCAUGACGGCAGCAGCAAUCUGUCGGACUCAAUAAAGAUGGUAAUAAUACAGGGUGGAUCCAAGAUCUCUGAUACAAUCGAAGAUAACCCAGCCACAGCUCUUUGUUCACCUGUAUCCGGGGGAAGAUCGUUCUAGGAGGGGUGUGGAAGGGACACUGUGCCAGUUGUUAGGGUGGCUCCCGUGCAACCAAAGAAAUCAGGGGGCGGUUAGACUGUAGUGCGUGUAAGUACCUGAUAGGAGCACUUGACUGAUGCAGAGAUGCAUUAAGGUGGCUUGUUUCAUCUGCCUGCCCCAAAUCAUUCAGAUUUCAUAAUGAUAUAUACACAAAUAUUAAUAUGUUUCAAAUCUUACUGCUUCAUAGAAUAACAACUGGAUCAUUGCUUUCCCAAGGAAGCAAGGUACCGGCAGUCCGUGUAAGUCCUGAUUUCAUGUCAAUGUCAUUCAGGAUUCAAGUCCUGCUCAUUGAAGUUCAGGUCUUGAUAAUCUGAAGCCCCUGCCAUCUCCCCCAUGCAGGGGUGUCCUAUCCACCCGCACUAAUGCAGGGCAGCAUGGCAUGUUUCUAUGUGCCUUUGACACUUUGGAUUAACACGGUAAUACAUAAAACUGAGCUGCUUCCAAGAACUCCAGUUCAGAUGCAGGUCAGUGUGGAGUUGUUAAUCGUUUAACUCUUACUGUAGGCGCCCUUCUUUUGUAAAAGAUAAUAUUCCCAGUGAUAAAUGAAGUUCAUACUUUAGAUAAAUGUCAAGUUGUGUUUGUGUGUUCGUGGCUUCCGUGUUCAUCCCCAAACAGGCCAUAGCUUUUUGUUCCCUUAUCUUUUGAUAGUUCGAUGGAGGAGAUAAGAGGGUGGCUGGGAGAGUCACCUGUUUGUGUUCAGUCUUUAUCUUUAUGGGAGUGUGUCAGACGCAGGCAGUAAAACACGUUUUACACAAUAAUGUCCUUUCUCACCAAGCUCUGUCACAAAUGGAAAUCUUUGCCUCUUUAAUGGUUCUGUGUUGGAUUGCUGGAGCGCGUGACUGGUGCUGUACUGCUUCCCAGCGUCGCCCCAAGCUGCCCUGCUAUACUGUCUUACACUAAGAAUGUUUUACAAGGGAGGUUAACAAGUCUUUCGAUGUGUAUUAAUACAACUGAAGAAGCAGCACAGCCCUGAAUAGACAGUGAUGUUUUGUUUUACUAAACUUCUGCUCUGGUGCAAAAUCAUUCUUUUCAAAUGAAAAUCAAAGGGUAGGCAGGCAGGCAGGCAGGCAGGCUACGAAACACAGGAUCAGGUUGAGGAAGCAAUCCUCAGCACAUUCACAUGAUCUCAUCAUCAAAUUCCCUUAAUCAGCAAGCCUGCCGCUUCUCAAAUUCAGUAACACUUUGCAGCUGGUGUUAUCUGAACUUGCAACAUUGAUUGACAAAGGCUCCGUCCAUUGGAAACACUGCAGAAAGUGUGUAAUUAUGCUUAUACACUGUAAACAUUUCAAAAUAGAAAAAGGGGUGAUUUUCAAAUACGCACACAGUACCAGCCACCUAGAAAAUCCAGAUACACUGACAGGGGAAACGGGGAGCAGGACAGUGACUUUAGCAGAUAGAAGUGUAGCUGUAAGGAACUGAUUGGAAUCGUAAUGGAAGGGGCUUAAGAACCUCUUGUUGAAUUCAUCUUGGACGGUACUGGGAAUUAUAUGAGUGACUCAGUGUCCUCUAUGAUUUUUUUUUUUCUGGUUACCAAAAUCAGAUAAAUAGAUGACUUAAACACAUCUAUCUUCAGUUGUGGAGCUCAACGAACCUGCCGUCCAAGGGAAGUGUGAGUGAGCGUUUUAGGUCAGCAGCAGUUACUGAUUAAAAGUGAACGCCUGACCCCUCAGUAGGUGAAUUCCAGGUGCUAUCUGCAAGGGGUCAUUGACUUUCUCAUAGGUGAAUGAUUGAAACAGUCCUGGCAGGCUGUGUCCUCUGAUAAGUCAGCCCCUGCUCUCUGAAUCCAGCUGCUCUAUGUUAGGAAGUGUAAGCACCAUCGAUUCAGCAGUGUGGAGUAGUGGUUAGGGCUCUGGACUCUUGACUGGAGGGUUGUGGGUUCAAUCCCCGGUUGGGGACACUGCUGCUGUACCCUUGAGCAAGGUACUUUACCUAGAUUGCUCCAGUAAAAAUCCAACUGUAUAAAUGGGUAAUUGUAUGUAAAAAAAAUAAUGUAAUAUCUUGUAACAAUUGUAAGUCGCCCUGGAUAAGGGCGUCUGCUAAGAAAUAAAUAAUAAUAAUCGAUUGCACAGGAAAACUGAAGAAAGUGGCAGCUGGCUCCUGUUGCUAUGAAAACUCUGAUGCAGCCUACGUUACAUGUAUCUACAGCGUGGCAGGCAGCGACUGAAGAGCAGCUGCUGAACUCGAAGAUCCUGAACACAGUUUAUGAGUAACUGCAUUUACAAGAAGAGCCAUUUACUGUAAGAGCCCCCUGAGAAAAACGGUCAAAAAAGAAAGUGAAACGUGGAACUCCUUGUU